UUGGGGCCGAACCCGUCGUCUUCAUCAAGGCCACAGCAGAAGAACAGCUGUCCCCGCUGCUGGAGUCAGUGGUGGGCAGCCUGCCCUCGGUCAAAGCCGAACCCAGGGGGCCAAAGCGAUCUGGCCAGGCGAAGACUUCGCUGGGGAGUGCGAUGUCAGGGGCUGGCUCCGUCUCCGGGGUGCUGGUGGCCCCGCUGCCCCUGGACAGCUACAAGGGCUGGCUCCUCAAGUGGACCAACUACCUGAAGGGUUACCAGCGUCGCUGGUUCGUGCUUGGCAAUGGCCUGCUGUCCUAUUACAGAAACCAAGGUGAAAUGGCCCACACCUGCCGCGGGACCAUCAACCUGGCCACCGCGCACAUUGACACCGAGGACUCCUGCGGGAUCUUGCUGUGCAGCGGGGCAAGGAGCUACCACCUGAAAGCCAGCUCAGAGCUAGACCGGCAGCAGUGGAUCACCGUCCUGGAGCUGGCCAAGGCCAAGGCUAUCCGGGUGAUGAAAACCCAGUCAGAUGACUCUGGGGACGACGACGAAGACACUGCCGCCCCAGCCGACAAGAGCGAGCUCCACCACACCCUCAAGAGCCUCUCCUUGAAGUUGGAUGACCUCGGGACAUGCAAUGACCUCAUUGCCAAGCAUGGCGCGGCGCUGCAGCGCUCGCUGAAUGAACUGGACAGCCUCAAGAUCCCGUCGGAGAGCGGGGAGAAGCUGAAGGUCGUGAAUGAGCGGGCAACCCUCUUCCGCAUCACGUCCAAUGCUAUGAUCAACGCCUGCCGGGACUUUCUGGAACUAGCGGAGGUCCACAGCCGGAAAUGGCAGCGGGCACUGCAGUAUGAGCAGGAGCAGCGCGUCCACCUGGAGGAGACCAUUGAGCAGCUGGCCAAACAGCACAACAGCCUCGAGCGAGCCUUCCGCAGCAACACCCCCGGGCGGCCGGCCAAUGCCAGCAAGAGCUUCAGUGAGGGAAGCUUCUUGACUCCCAAAGGAGAGGACAGCGAGGAAGAUGAAGAUACGGAGUACUUCGAUGCCAUGGAAGACUCUACAUCCUUCAUCACCGUGAUCACCGAGGCCAAGGAAGACAGAAAAGCCGAGGGUGGAACUGGGUCAAGCUCUGUGGACUGGACCUCAGCAGACAAUGUACGUGAGGUGCUAGAUGGGGCCUCGAUUAUGCCCAAGGGUUCCUCCAAAGUCAAGAGAAGAGUCCGCAUCCCCGACAAACCCAACUACAGCCUUAACCUCUGGAGUAUCAUGAAGAACUGCAUCGGCCGUGAGCUCUCCAGGAUCCCUAUGCCGGUGAACUUCAAUGAGCCCCUGUCCAUGCUCCAGCGACUGACAGAGGACCUGGAGUAUCACCACCUGCUGGACAAGGCCGUGAACUGCACCAGCUCGGUGGAACAGAUGUGCCUGGUGGCUGCCUUCUCCGUGUCCUCCUACUCCACCACGGUGCACCGCAUCGCCAAGCCCUUCAACCCCAUGCUCGGGGAGACCUUCGAGCUGGACCGCUUCGAGGACAUGGGCCUGCGCUCCCUCUGCGAACAGGUGAGCCACCAUCCUCCCUCUGCUGCCCACUAUGUGUUCUCCAAACACGGCUGGAGCCUCUGGCAGGAAAUCACCAUCGCCAGCAAGUUCCGAGGGAAAUACCUUUCCAUCAUGCCACUCGGUGCCAUCCACUUAGAAUUCCAGGCCAGCGGCAAUCACUAUGUGUGGAGGAAGAGCACCUCAACUGUGCACAACAUCAUUGUGGGCAAGCUCUGGAUUGACCAGUCAGGGGACAUCGAGAUUGUGAACCAUAAGACCAAUGACCGGUGCCAGCUGAAGUUUGUGCCCUACAGUUACUUCUCCAAAGAGGCAGCCCGAAAGGUGACCGGAGUAGUAAGCGACAGCCAUGGCAAGGCCCACUAUGUGCUGUCCGGCUCGUGGGAUGAGCAGAUGGAGUGCUCCAAGAUCGUGCACAGCAGCCCGAGCAGCCCCAGCUCCGACGGAAAGCACAAGACCGUGUACCAGACGCUGCCGGGCAAGCUACUGUGGAAGAAAUACCCACUGCCGGAGAACGCGGAGAACAUGUACUACUUCUCGGAGCUGGCCCUGACCCUGAACGAGCCUGAGGAGGGGGUGGCACCCACUGACAGCCGCUUGAGGCCCGACCAGCGGCUGAUGGAGAGGGGGCGCUGGGACGAGGCCAACAUGGAGAAGCAGAGGCUGGAGGAGAAGCAGCGCUUGUCCCGGAGACGGCGCAUGGAGAGCUGCGCAGCUGGCUGUGGUGCAGAGGCGGCAGAGAAGGAGUCAGAUGGAUAUGUGCCGCUAUGGUUCGAGAAGAGACUGGACCCGCUGACCGGGGAGAUGGCCUUCAUGUACAAGGGCGGUUACUGGGAGGCCAAGGAGAGACAAGACUGGCACAUGUGCCCCAACAUCUUCUGAGAGCCAUCCCUGCAAGCAAAUACAGGCGCCUGUGCACCUGGGUCCACCACUUCUUUAAUGCACUCAGUUCAGUACUGGAUGCCCCCCUACGCACACACACACUCUCUCUCUUAUUUCCUUUAUUUUUCCUAAAGAACUUUGUGGGGGGGCUCCCACCUUAGAAGGGGUAAGGGUUGACCUGGGUUCUCUCCAACCCCCAGGUGCGCUGGGUCACCCGUGCCCCUUUGCCAUGGACUUGGGCCCCAUGGGCACCCUAGCUCCCAGUUACCAUAACUCAGGCCGGCUGGCCGGGCCAUGGGCUGCCCAGGUCACCAGCCCCCAAUCCAGGGAAAAUCUGGCCCCUCAGAGGGAGCCUCUUUUGACUUUUUUUUUUUUUUUUUAAGGAAAAAAAAAUCUCCAUUUCUUUCCAGCCACGAGAUUUAGGAAAUAUUUUUCGUACAACACUGAGACGUCAGCUUUCCAAGUGUGCUUUCUUGCCAUACAAUUGCCCUGGCAAGAGCACCCCUUUCUAAGACACCAGGAAGCCAGACCCUUUUGAGUUGGGAGCGUUUUUGUAGCUUAACAUAGUAAGGCCCGCUUUGUGUCGGGGUUGCCCAAACCCCAGGACUGCAACAGUCACAGAGACAGAGCCGAGGGGAGGCUGCCCCAACACUGCACAGCACUUUGGAGUACCCUCCCCACAGGGGGAGCAGCGAGGCAGCGGUGGCCUGCCUGGCCCUGGCCAUCCUGGGACAGCUCCCCAGCCCUAAAGAGGCCAGGAAGGGCUAGAAGGCAGGACCCACCACGGAGGUGCAUCCUGCCCAAGGGCCAGGCCCCAAAUCAGCAAUAACAAACUCUCCGCUCAGCCUGGGCUGGCGACCCAGGCACCAGAGUCCUGCCCCACCUUUAAGCCCCGCCUUGUCCUUAGGCGGCAUCUGGGUGCCCUAUCUCAGCACCCAGAACUCUUUAUUUGCCUAAUUUAUAUAUAAAUAUAAAUAAAUAAAUAUAUAUAUAUAUAAUAGCUAUUUUGCUUAAAUUUCUAUGGUAUGUGAAAGUGGAAAAUGACGAGGACAGGUGUGCCUGUCUGAGUCUGGCUUCCUGUGGGCUGUGCCCUGCCCUCUCCUCACCCCCGUUUCCAAGCAGCAUCUGCCACCCAUCAAGGCGACGAAACAUGGUGGCCACAGUCCCAGUCCUCAGAGCCUGCUAUUCUAACCCAACCCACCCGUUUGGUCCUGAAAGUUCAUCGCAGGGCUUUUCUUUCUACAC